AUGAAAGCAUUUACCGCAUCCUUAACCAGAUUACCAGUUAGAUACAGUACUGUUCCAAGAACCAUGGCCUUUGCUGCCAAUUCCAGAAUUAUGUCUGUUCCUCAACCUUCUAUUAUGAGACUUUCAUUAAGGACUUAUGCUGAUGAAGCUAAACCAAAAGAAGAAACAGAAAAGAAGGAAAGCGCAACCAAAAAAGAUGAAAAUACUAACUUGACAGAAGAACAGAAGCAAAUCCAGGACUUACAAACAAAAUUGGACGCUAAGACUAAAGAAGCUGUUGAAUUAAAGGAUAGAUUGUUAAGAGCUGUUGCUGAUUUUAGAAAUUUACAAGAAGUUACCAAAAAAGAUAUUAAAAAAGCAAAGGAUUUUGCUUUACAAAAAUUUGCCAAAGAUCUAUUAGAAUCAGUUGACAAUUUUGGUCACGCCUUGGCUGCUUUUAAAGAGGAAGAUAUCAAGAAAUCUAAAGAAAUUAGUGACCUAUAUACUGGUGUUAGAAUGACCAAGGAUGUCUUUGAAAGCACCUUAAGAAAACAUGGUAUUGAAAAAUUGGAUCCAUUAGGUGAGCCAUUCGAUCCAAAUAAGCAUGAAGCCACUUUUGAAUUGGCUCAAAAGGAUAAAGAACCCGGUACAGUUUUCCAUGUACAACAAUUAGGUUACACUUUAAAUGAUAGAGUUAUCAGACCCGCUAAAGUUGGUGUUGUUAAGUUAGAGGAUAAUUGA